GCCAAUUAUACCCCCCCCCCGCCACCACCACCACCACCGCUCACAUACACAAUCGCACGCGUCCGUCGUGUCGCUCGCCAGCGCCUCUGCUCCUUUUCCCAAUCAAUCAUCGCUUGCGUCUCGCCAUAAUGACCACGUAUCUGUCAAAACAAAAGAAGGGAGACCUUCAGGACAUGGCCAAACAGGCCGGAUUGAGCGGGUACGAUGACAUGCUCAAGGACGACCUCGUCACCGCGCUCGACGAGAAGCUACGCGCCGACUCGUCCAAGUUCGCCGGCAACCCCAUCUUCGCCGAAUUCUACAAACGCGGAGGCUCUCCGGUAAAGAAGCAACGACAAGUCUCCUCCCCAUCGGUGCCAGAUGCUGACGGCGAGCUCAAGACGGCGCGCCGCCGCAAAACAAUCGUGGCAAAGGUCAAGGACGAGGCUGCCGACGCCGUCAACGGAGCUGAGGAUGCCGCUGCAGACACCUCCACUGCACUUGCCACACGUACGCCGAGGGCCGUCCAGCGCAUCGCCGAGCGCGUGCCGCUGCCGCCGUCGCCCAAGGUCGUGUCGGACUACAUUGCUCGCAGCCAGGCCUCCUUCUCCACAAAGCUCUCCGACAUGUACAAGAAGUCCGGCACCACCGAGGCCAUCGAGGGCGUCCGUGACACCGCCAGCACCGUCGUCGCCAUCGAGGUGCUGUGCAACCUGAUCGAGGCUGUCGGUCUUCAGACCGAGACCUUCCCUUGGCGCUACGCCUUCGACAUCCCCGCCAUACCGGCCAUCAAGUCGCACGCCUACGCCGUCAAGCUGCCGGACUUCUUCGUCCUCGUCACCAGCUUCUUCUGGGCACCUUCGACCCUGUGGCUGACCACCUCGCUUUUCGUGCCCUUGCUGUUUGCUUACUUCUUCAACUUCUCCCUCUCCAUCAGGGGACAGGGCGCAAGGACUCGCUCCUCGCCGCACGUCUACAAAUUUGACCCUUUGACGUACAACGUCAGCAAGGCCCUGGUCACCUGGCUCGUUUACUCCCAAGGCUUCCGCUUCAACGGCUUCUGGAGCGACGAGACCGUCGCCCGCGUCGACGGCGCCCUGUUCGGCGGCUACCAGGGCGUGCUCAUCGGCACUGCCAUCGGUGCUCUGGCCAGCUUGUACGAGGCCAUCCUGCAGAAGCACUGAAGUGACGGCGCAACCACGUCCGUGGCCACGAUGAAUGACGGAUCAUGGGUGAGAGAUGACCACAAUCGCGGGUCUAUUACGAAUCGUGCUUGGCUGUGUAUGUCGUGCGUAAACGCGUUAAUUUUUAUUCUUUUCUGUACAUGGUGCAGCCUCUUCCUCUUCGCGAGCAGGAAUUGGAGGAGUUUGAGGAGUGUGGGUCACUGGUCGGGUCACCCUUGUGAUGAUAUCCAUUCUGGAUUAGGGGGGGCGGACGGCGUUGGCGGCGUUCUUGUCACCACUCGCUCGGGCAUUAAAGAGGCGGUAGCUUCCGGAGGGGUGAAGAUUUUGGAUUACCAGUUAGUAUUUGCAAAUGUCUACUCUGAGUUUCUCG